CGCGCCGAGAGCCUAGCUGCGCUCCGAGCCGGCGACGCUCUGACGCUAAAAUUCGACAACAAACGCCAUUUCAUUUCCUUCCUCAUUUCGUAUGUAAUUAUCCAUUUCGUUUUCUUCAGUUAUUACGGCGCUGUUCCUCUCUCCUGCUUUCUGAGCAUUCGGUCGAACAUUAAGAUACGGGCGCGACAUUUCGCGAUGCCAAGCCACGAACAAACAGAGCCUGCACACGUGGCGCAACUGCACGAGCAUCAACAUGCAGAGUCACGUGCGGAAGAAGCGCCACACCCGUCACCGGCAGCCUUCACGCCUCCAGAUGGCGGAAGAGACGCUUGGCAGACGGUCAUUGCCGGCUGGCUCUGCCAGUUUUGCUCAUUUGGCUUCAUCAACGCUCUUGGUACCUUCCAGCUCAUCUAUGAGACCGAUAUCCUCAAAUCCAAAUCCUCGUCGUCCAUAUCAUGGAUUUUGACUAUGCAGCUCUUCCUCAUGUUCUUUCUCUCACAGCCCGUUGGCAUGAUCGUGGACAUGUUCGGCCCGCGCGCUAUCCUCAUGCCGACCUCAAUUCUUGCUGUGGUAGGUCUGGUGAGUCUGAGCUUCGCCAAGCAGUACUGGCAGAUCUUCUUGGCACAAAGCUUGUGCUUCGGGUUUGGCGCGGCGGGCGUCUUCGUUCCGGGAUUGGUAGCUGCGAGCCAAUACUUUAAGAGGAAGAGGGCAUUUGCAGUGGGAGUCGUCGCGAGUGGCUCCUCUGUCGGCGGUGUGAUAUUCCCAAUUUUCAUGGCCCAGCUCUUCAAGAAGAUCGGGUUUAGGCCGGCUAUGCGAUGGACUGCGCUCAUGAUCGGGGUUCUACUGCUCGUUGCCAACGUCCUCGUCGUACCUCCCAUGAAACCGAAAGGCUGGGAGGGACGGAGAACGCUCCUUAGCGUCGCCGUGUUCAAAAAGCCGCCCUACCUCCUUUUCGUCGGGGGCUCUUUCAUGUUCUUCUGGGGACUCUUUGGACCUUUCAAUUACCUCCCACUCUUCGCAGAUCAGACCAAGAGCACAUACAACGUAGCCCCAUACACCGUCUCCAUUCUCAACGCUGCAUCCAUCUUUGGUAGAGUUCUCCCACCCCUCUACUCUGACCGUGUUGGCCACCUCCGCGUCAUAUCUGCCUGUGCCUUCCUAUCUGGUCUCGCUGUCCUCAUCAUAUGGCUGCCUAUCGAUUACUACCAAUCUCUCGGUGGCCUUGUUGUCUUCGCUCUUUUCUUUGGAUUCUUCUCUGGCGCUUUUGUUUCGCUCAUUACGCCGUGCCUCGUCGAAGUUGCAGGCGGUCACACGCACGAUCUAGGCGCCAUGCUCGGAACCUACUUUGCUGUCGUUGCCAUUGCGUCGCUCACUGGCUUGCCCAUCCAGGGAGCCAUUUCCAAGCAGCAAGAUUUGAUGGGAUUAAUUGUCUUCUCUGGAGUUACUAUGGUGGCUGGUUCUGUGGCACUUGCAAUCGCGCUGUUUCUUACCAUGCAAGAUGAGGGGACCCGGAAAAAAGGAUAAGUUCUAAGACGGAGGAACAGCGCCGUAGAAAUUUAUGAAGCGAAAUAAAUCCAAGUGAUUAACUAGCAAUCGGUAAAGGUUCAUAUUUGCCUCCAGAUACUCCAUACCGCAGACUGAAGUCUACGUGGAAAUUUAGAUUGGUGCUCUAAAGAUGACAGAGACUGACCAACGAUGAAGCCUAGUUAGCAAGGAUUGAGUCGCGACUGGUGGUAGUAGAGAAUGAUCCAAUAGCUUGCAGAGUU